AUGAAAUUCAAUUUACUCUUUGCUACCGCAUGCGUUGCUCUCUUCUCUAAUGGUGUGAUUGCUCAAACCACUAAUACCCCACCUGGUGAUGCCAUUAAAAGUCCAGGACCUGCUCAAAUCUGCGCACAAAAUAGAGCUUUCGCUCCAUCUGAUGGUACCCAGAAUAAAAAUGACAAUGCAAAAGUUUGUGUUAGCACCGUUAUCGGACAACUUCCUGCCGUCAAUAAGAUGGUUUCAUCUAUAAUCAUUAAACCAAAGAAUGGUGCAGUGAUUAAGAGAAAUACACCAUUCGAAUUUGCUGUUAAAUCGAUUAACCUUGAUACCGGUUUCUUCUCUGAUCCAAACUUUGAUUAUUACGAUGCUCCUCAACAACUUAACGCCCAAGGAGUCAUUCAAGGACAUAAUCACGUUACCAUUCAAAAACUUAAAGGAAAUCAAGUUCCUGAUGCUAGAAUCUUCGCUUUCUUCAAAGGUUUAAAUGACGAGGAUAAUAAUGGUGUUUUGACUCAACAAGUUGAAAAUGGUCUUCCCCAAGUCGGUACUUACCGUAUCUGCACAAUGUCUUCUUCAUUCACUCAUCAAGCAGUUAUUAUGCCUGUCGCUCAAAGAGAUAUUCGGAAUAAGGGAAUUGAUAAUUAA